CUGAGAAGCCAACUGCCACCUAAACAGAGCAGUCUUUGCUACAGGUACCACCAGUGCGACUACAAAGGAAAGUGUGUAUUCCUUUAUAUCUGCUGCCACUGCCUUUACAUACUACACAGACUGCCUAAAACCGCUGCUACAACUAGGUGGACACCUGCUGUUGCUUCACCUGAGCAGGGGAGGCCAAACUGUCCAUCUACAGUAGCAGGAAGAACAGAGUGGAGAACAGGCUGAUGUCAGGAGUCAGGAGGUUACAGCACAAAAUUUGAGAAGCUGAGAGACUGUCUAAUUGUAAAAGAGUGAGAGAGUAGCUUUCGGCAACUGAGUUAAGGGACUAUGGGGUUGAAGGGGUCAUUCGUCCUCCAGUUGUUGCUGGGCCUGGUGUUUGUGGCCAGCGGAUUGGCUAUCAACCUCAUCCAGCUGGUCACAUGUGUGCUCUGGCCAAUCCACAAGCAGCUUUACCGACGCAUCAACACACGACUGGCCUACUCCCUUUGGAGCCAGCUGGUCAUGUUGUUAGAGUGGUGGUCGGGGACUGAAUGUACCCUGUACCUAGACCAGACUUCCACAGCCGAAAAGCUGGGCAAAGAGCACGCCAUCAUCAUCCUCAACCACAACUAUGAGAUAGACUUCCUCUGUGGGUGGACCAUGGCCGAACGCUAUGGAGUGCUUGGGAGUUCCAAGGUGCUCGCCAAGCAUGAGCUGCUGAAGGUGCCUCUGAUUGGCUGGACAUGGUACUUCCUGGAAGUGGUAUUCUGUAAGAGGAAAUGGGAAGAGGACAAGAGGGCUGUCACCGAUGGGCUGAAUCAGCUCAGAGACUAUCCAGAAAAUAUGUGGGUGCUGUUGUACUGUGAGGGUACCAGAUUUACUGAGAAGAAACAUCAAAUAUCCAUGGAGGUAGCUGACAGCAAAGGGCUGCCAAGGCUGAAGUACCAUUUGCUGCCCAGAACUAAAGGAUUCACCACCACACUCCACUGUCUAAGAGAUACAGUAUCGGCUGUUUAUGACGUCACUUUGAACUUUAGAGACGGACAGGCUCCCACUCUACUGGACAUUUUGAAAGGACACAAAUACAAGGCUGACAUGAGUUUGAGGCGUUACCCAGUGGAGCAGAUUCCUAUGGAUGAAAAGGAGUGUGCUGGCUGGCUGCACCGUCUCUAUCAAGAAAAGGAUGAUUUACAGGAACAGUAUUUUACUACGGGCCGUUUCCCUGGCAACCCCGUGACUCCUCCCCGCCGCCCAUGGUCACUCCUUAACGUCCUGUUUUGGGCGGGGCUUUUACUGUCCCCUCUUGUCCAGUUGGUGGUUUGUGUGGUUGCCAGUGGUAAUCCUCUUCUCAUCCUUGGCCUCCUCCUCCUGCUGUUUGUUGCAACAAUAUCUUUGAACAAGUUGAUCAGUGUUUCAGAGGUGAAGAAGACAGGGUCCAGCUAUGGAGUCCAGGGGACCAAGAAAGACACCUAGACACACACACACACACACACACACACACACACACACACACACACACACACACACACACACACACACACACACACACAAAC